AUGUCUGAAAAUCCAGAAUCUCAAACCCACUCUCAGCAAGCAGGCCUCACCAGCGGUGGCACGCACCCGGAACGCCCUCCGAAUCCUGCUACCCCUGCAAACCGUCCUCAGGAAUACGAUCCAAAUCCAACACCGCGCGUUGCAAGACUUGCAGCUGUUCAUCUCUGGGCAAUGGACCACGUCGAACUCGACAAGCUCUUUCCCAACAUGGCUCACGAAACCCGGGGUCAUUACAUCGGAGACGUCGACCCAAUCAAAUUUAUGCACAAGUUCUUACCAUGGAACAUUGACGACUCCAGUGCCUUCAAGAAAUUCAAGACCCAGAAGCCCUCUAAGAAGCAACUCACCGCUCUGAAAUCUAUGGCCACCAAGUCUGGGGAAAGUGACAUGAACCGUGCAUGUCACGCCGCCCUUCGUGGUUGGCCCAAGGCGUAUCGCGUACUAUCUCGUAAUAUCGACUUCGAAGACACCCACAACCAUCGAGACUCGUUCAGCGGCCUUGGCACGGACGAAGCGGUCUACAAUAGACAGAAACCGUGGAUCCCUCGCAAGACGAUGAUCAAAGUCGACUUUGCGAAUAUGCUCAGCUUCUUGGAACUCAAGCCAGAUCACCGCCGCGACGCAUUCAUUGACAGUGACCGCAAACCUUACCCAGGCCCUGGUCCUCAGGACGCUGACUGGGAGAAAGCUGGAGUGGUCUAUGACCACGAAAGGAGCGAUACUGCUCCAGAUGCUGCUGAUUAUUCGGCAGAACAAGCGGUAGAUGCUCCCGAUACGAAAGCCUUCGUCGCAGAGGACGAUCACGGAGAGCACCCCGCGAAUUCCCCAGAAGACAGAGUGGAGGUCAAGGUUGAUUCAGACCCCUCUCCUUCGGCUCGGUAUCCUUUCGAAAACGACACUGAAGGCGGAAGGAAGACCCGGGGGCAAAUUGCCAGCUACGCAGGCGUCAUCAUGGCUAUGCAGUUCCGAAGCCACUUGUUCAGCGUCCUUAUCUGUGGCAAGUACGCUCGUUUCAUCCGUUGGGACCGCUCCUGCGCCAUCGUCUCACGGCGCUUCGACUACACACUGUACCCCAACAUCCUCUUCAAUUUCUACCAUCGAUUCGCGCAGCUCACCGACACCCAACGUGGUUUGCUACCAUGCUUCAAGACAGCGAGCGAUACGGAAGCGUCGGCUGCGCUAGAAGCCCUCGCAGCAUAUGCUGGAACCGCCUAUGGGACCAUUGGAGGGGCAAAGUACAAGAAGCGCCUCAACAGGAAACGCAUCCCGCUGCUACACAUGGACUACAAAGGGGGUCCUUACGUGGUGCCAGCACCGACGUUCAAUGGAGGAAUGUUCUCUCCGUUUGGACGAGUGACUCGCAACCGCGCUGUUGUUCAAAUCACGAAAAAACGUCGUCAUGUUCUUCAAGGACUACUGGCGCGAGCAUUCUGA